CUAGUCCUCUUCGAAACCUAUCAACUUGAAUAUAAUAUAAAAUUCAUCGUAUGAUGUCGGAAAACUUAAAUUUGUUUGUGUGAACGGAAGUAUUGUAGAAUUGGUUGAAUGGCCCCCAACAAAAGCUACGGUGCCAGCGCAAGGACGACAGGCGCAAGGACGACAGGCGCAAGGACAAGCGGCGUAAGGUCAAGCGGCACAAUGACAAGCGGCGCUGGUCCCUAUCGGAGCAAUACGAGUCCCGAACGUGGACGCACCCGAAGGGCCACUCCCAUCGUCUAUCCGGAAUCGGCGCUCACGAGGUCAAGCACAUCCCACACCCAGACACGCAGCCGGAUCGGAAUGCAGCUGCUUCGGGACCUGGCGCAGACUCUGCCCGCGUCCCCAUCACGGAUCUCGCCCACAACAAACGGCAAUGUGCGCCGCGUUCGACACCGAUCCAGGGUGGAACAGAAUGGACCGUCGGAAUUGGUGUUGAAUAGAUCGGUGCCCAUGCAGUCAAGGACAGCGUUUGGGGGGCCCGUGCCCAUGGCCGUGGGGAUACCGGUCAGAGAGGUGUCCGGCAAGGAUAUUCCCAGGAGGGUGAGAAUCAGGUCCCAAGGCAAAGAUGCUGGAGAGCGCACUUUUAAGAACGAAAGAGCCUCUAUCUCCAUGAGCAACACUAGUACCGCCCGAAAGAUUCCCAUGCGAACAGACUCCAGUCUUAGCCAGCAGUACAAGAGGUCUUCCCACUCGCCCCAAUCGCCUAUCGUCAUGGUGAGCGCCCCUGCAAAACUGGAUAAGCCGGUCAAAAAAGGAGAUACAGUAAACCAGGACAUAGAGCAGGCUGCCGGACUUGCCGAUGAAAACAAGUCCGUGGCGUCUGCUCCAAAGCCAGGUGAAGUAAAGCCCGUCGCUGGCAAUGAGGAUAAAGACGAGACCUUACAGCCGGAGAAAGUGGACCCCACCGCAACCGCUGGGGCUGGGGCUGAAGACAAGACUGAAGCAAGUGCCAUGUCCCAGCCGUGUAUGAAGAUCUUUCCGUGCUUCCGUGGGGAAUAUCCCACGCGCAAUCGGCCUGCGCCUUAUCAGUGGUUCGAGCAAACCGGAUUUAAUUCUGGUGGCCCGGGCACUAGCUCUGGCAACGCAGGCAAGGAAAACAUUCUCACCACCUGCGAGGUGACCGAGGAGACCUUUCUGAGCAUCGGAUGCGAUUGUGAUGAGAAGGCUUUAUGGUCGUCGGGGCAGGGGGCUUCCCAGUUCAUGGGUGCGCUGCCGGGAUCGGAGCAGGGACAGACGCCGUUCAGAAACAUUGCACCGCAGCAACAGUGUGGACCGUCCUGUAUGGAGCAGCAGCCACGGUGUAUGCCCCAAAGCCAGUCAUCUCCUGUGCAGCGCCAACAGCCAAUGUACGGAUGCUAUCCCACUCAGAACGCCUCGCAAAACAUGUACAAUCAACAGCAACAGCAGCAGCAGCAGCAUCAGCAACAGCAGCAGCAACAGCAGCAGCAGCAGCAACAAAAGCAACAGCAGCAACAGCAGCAGCAACAGCAGCAGCAGCAGCCCAGCUGCUGUGGACUGACCGAAAUGCUGGCCCAGCAGCUGCACCAACAGAUGCAGGAGGCGCAGGCCCAGAUAGCACAGGUCCAGCUCCAGUUGAACAACGCCACCCAGCAGACAAAUGUGAACGAUCAGAUCGGCAACGAAGAGCCGUAUUGGCCAAGCAAGGACUCGGACAAGGAAGACGAUAUGGGUGGUGAUGAUACGGGCUACACCACUGAUCAGUCCUUGAAUAUCUCGUGCUCAUGCUCGGCGAUGUAUCAAGAGCCGCAGGAGGAGGAACCGUUGCAUGCGACUGGAUCCUGUCUGAUGAUGCCCCCCUGUUCAUAUCCGCCGCCAGCACAGCCGCCAUUUCAGUUUCCCGAUCAACAGGAGCAAAAUCCUUGGCAACAGCGACCUUCUCGACCUUCUUGUCAGCAAAAGCAACAGUUUCCUUGCCAGCAACAGCAGCAGCAGCAGCAGCAGUUCCCAUGCCAGCAACAGCAGCAGCAGCAGUUCCCAUGCCAGCAGCAACAGAAAUUUUCCAACGAGCAGCAGUUUCCGUGCCAGCAACAGCAGCAGUCAUCUCCCCCUCCCUGCCAGCAGCAGCAGCAGUCACCCACUUCUCCCUGCCAGAUGCAGCAGCAACUGUUGCUGCACCUCCUGCAGCAGCAACAAAAUCUGAUACGGCAGCAACAAGAGCAGCAGCAAAACCAGAGGCCCAAUCAGCAACAACAGCAACCCAACCCGGGUGCAAAAUUCUACCGACCGAUGUCGGGAGCAGCAUCCUUUCAACAGCAAAAUCAGUCGCAGCAUAAUAUGUGCCCCCAUUUGUCGCACUGCUGUCCCAGCUGCGGCUGCCAGCGGUAUGGCAAAAUGCGCUACAUGAUGCCGCGACGCUGGCCGUGCUAACGGUUCCAAUCGAAUUGUUUUUAGGGUACCAUGUACAGAUAUAGAUACAAGUCAACCGGUAAACCAGGAAAUAUCUGUGCAGGGUACGCUUCUACGGCCCACAAUACGAUGGAAGAGCUUUUCCUACCUAAUUUUGCAAUUCUUCCGGCUAAAAUUGAUGCCAAAAAGUCAACAAUAACACAACAAUAAAGUCUGAAAUUGGUUUUCAACAUUAAA